CAAAUACCAGUCUUAUGUGUUCACCAAGUUAAUCAGAAGCCAAAUUUUGCCUUAAUUUUGAGUUCUCUUCUGUCAUCAAACUCAUAUAACCUGAUUAAGAAAAAGCAGUGGAAAAAGCUGGCCUGGGUCUACAGAGAGCUGCUUCCAGUCCUGGAGGGACAGCAGGGCUGGAGACUUUGUCUGCACCACAGAGACUUUGAACCAGGUAAGCCCAUCGUCGAAAACAUCACAGAGGCCAUUUACGGCAGCAGGAAGACCAUCUGUGUGAUCAGCCAGAACUACCUGCAGAGUGAGUGGUGCUCCAGGGAGAUCCAGAUGGCCAGCUUCCGUCUGUUUGAUGAGCACAAGGAUGUGUUGAUCCUGCUGUUUCUGGAGGACAUCCCGGCCCAGCAGCUGUCUCCAUACUACCACAUGAGGAGUCUGGUGAAGAAACGCACCUAUCUGAGCUGGCCAAAGGCCGGACAACAUACUGGAGUGUUCUGGAUGAAGAUAAGUCAAGCUCUGGAGACUGCUGAAAGUCCCACUGAGCACACACACCUCCUCACUGGAAACCCACACUUCAUGUAGACUGGUUUUAUUUAGUGGUCUCUGAAGUUACCUUCAGAACCAGAAAUGAGAGAGGAAAAAACUGUAAAUCACUUCUUGAUUUUGAAAUCCAGAAAUAACAAAUUAAAAUGUAUUUUUCCUUAGAUUCUCAUAACUGUAAAUAGCACUUUAAGAGAUAGUUUAGUUUUACAUUUAUACAUUUAUUCAGUAUGACUGUUACUGUCCACUCUAAUGUUUUAAUGGAAUGUGUGUGUCUUUAUUGUUACAUAUGUGCUGAACUGUAACACACUGUGUUUUUUCUGAAUGACCUUUAGUCUCAUCUUCACAACAGCACACUGGUGGUUACUUGGAAACUAGAGCUGUCUGUCACUGCCACCUGAGGGUUGUUUGUGUGUGAGACAAAGACUGAGAUGGUACUUUUACUUGCUGACGUUCCCUGUACAAAUAUAGAAAAACUGAAAUUACAAGACUAGUACGCAGUUUUAAGUGUGAAACCCUGAGGUGGGUUAGCUUUUCAUUAUUUACAGCUGUGUAGUCACCAAUGUGCACUUAGUGCCAAGCUUUUAUCCACAGGAAUCAAAGACUUGGUUUGGGACAUUACCUUGUGGAAAAUCCUAAGCUUGAGCCUUAGAAAUAGAUAUAUCUUUUCUCAGCUUAGAGGCAUGAUGUACUACUAAAGCAACGUUAUGCAAAUAUUUUACCUUAAAAUAACAGCCUCGGAAUAAUUUUGAUGGUGCAAUGACUCAUAACAGCGAGAGUGGUGCAUCUUUAUGUCUCAGUCUUUGCCCCAAAUGCCUGUUUUUGCUCUUGUGAGCUUAUGUGAAGUGUGUAACCCACUACGUCACAGAGGGAUCAGCUCUGUAUUUUUUUUUCCCAUUUAUCAACCCCUUCGAUUGACCUCUCAGCACCCACCUGGGUUGCUGGCAGAGUUAGGGUUAGGGGAAAAGGAGCUGGGGUUGAGUGUAUGGAUGAGCACAAUUAAUUGAUAAUCGAUUACUGAUUUGCCAAUAAUGUGGAAUUCAGUCUAUAUGUUGAUAUCAAUGAGGUUGUCUAGUGUGUGAAGGUGCCAUUAAAAUUUAACAGAGAAAACCGA